AUGAAAUGGAUCAAUUUUGAGAGUUUGUUUCGUGAUGCUGAUGGUUCUGCCCAUAAUUCUGUGGUGUUAUUUAGAAGAGGAUCUUGUGCAGGCUACUCUAUGUCUUCUGUUACAAAUUCUACGCAUGUACUUAAAAAUGAUGGGGUUCCUGGCCAAGGCUCUGAUAUUCUAGGAAGGCACAAAUUUGAAACCCAACUUUCUCAAAGAAACUUCAAAAGCAGUGAUGCACACAAUCACAUCCAGGACCAAGACGCCACUCCAGCCACGGAACUUUUUUCACGAGCAAGGGGGCAACAAGAGGAGAUUCUCUCCCUCCGUGAGCAGAUUGCUUUUGCCUGUAUGAAGGAACUGCAACUGUUGAAUGAGAAAUGCAAACUGGAGAGGCAAUUCUCUGAACUAAGAAUGGCAGUUGAUGAGAAGCAAAGUGAAGCUAUCUCAUCCGCAUCCAAUGAUUUGGCUCGAAGAAAAGGUUAUCUUGAAGAAAAUUUAAAACUUGCUCAUGAUUUGAAAGGUACUCUAUACCAUCUUUCCUUGUCAACAGGAGAAGAACCUAAGUAUGGCAGCAUGUAG